AUGACCUCCACUGCCUGUCAGCCCAUCCGUGUGCGGACGCUAGAGAUUUUGUGGCACGGCAGUGAGCGUGAAGAGGAAGCGGUGCAGUUGGGUUUACAGCGUGUCGCCAUUGAGGGUAUUGUGUCGAUUGAUUACAACAGUGAGAAGGAUCGUAUAGUGACUUGUGGUGGUGAUGGUUACAUACGCCUGUGGCAGCUGCACCCUGCAGCCACCGAUAGCUGGCUCGCCAACAGUCAAAAUGACAUGACGGCGUGUGUGAGCUUUGUCGCUGGGAUGUGGACGUCGUGUAUGCCGUUGACAGCGCGUUGGUCCCCGCACGGGGGGAUGAUUGCUUCUGCCCAUUGUGAGGGGCAAAUCUACCUGUGGUGGCAAGAGAAGCAUCUGGAGGGGAAGAAGGAGGAGUGGAAAGACUAUCGACAUCUUUCUGGCCAUGUGAUUGACGUGUGUGACCUGUGCUUUUCACCUGACUCGAGGUAUCUUCUUAGUGCUGGUGGGGAUGGCAGUGUUGUUAUUCACGACCUUGAGGGGUCCACGGUUCCCGUGGUGCAGCUAACGGAGGUGCACCACAAGUUCUGCCGGGGGGUGGCAUGGGACCCGUGGCGUCGCUACGUCGCGAGUUUUGGUGGAGGGCCUUCGCUACUGUUUUUCACCUAUACUUCCAAGCCAGCAGGGGCGUCGCGACGCGUGCAUUUGACAGGACAACGCAAGGCACCGGGGGACUACAUUGGGGAGUUAUGCGCUACAAUGUUUCGGCGCUUCGGGUGGUCUCCGGACGGGUCGUUGGUAGCCGUUCCUUACGGGAAAGCGUCGCAUCAUUAUCAGAGCCACAGUAAUCACAACAACACCAACCAAAGCAGUGGCAACGGUGACAAUGCAACGCAUGGGGGGGACGAUAUGGUUCACUGCGUCUACAUCUACACACGCAAUGCCUUGGACAAGGUGGCUGCUCGGCUGACGAUCCGCGGUUACUCAGAGGUGCGUGGGGUGCUGUGGGCACCGUGCUUCCUGGAGCCAAUUGACAGCGAAGACGACAGUUGUAACGGCAAUCGUGUGGAGAAUCAUGAGAGAAACAAGGAGGAAAGCGAAGGGGAAUGGGGUGUUAAAAAGGAAGGAGCGGCCGGAGUCAGUGCGGAGAGACAACAACGUGGUUUGGCGGAUCGUGGCUCUUGGGGACCGGAUGACUAUCGUAUGGCAAUGGCGGUCUGGACAGCGGAUGCGGUGGUUGUGUACACUACCGACAGUGCUGUACGCCACAGUGACUACACGGAUCUUCACAUGCGCAGCAUUUCCGAUGUGGCGUGGAGUCCCAACGCCAUCUACUUGCUGACCGCCUCGCUUGAUGGCUACAUCUCUGUCAUAUCCACCGGUGGUUCUCUCGGUGUUGCCCACAAACUUCCACUCUUCUCUAUGAAGCCUGCAACGGUGGCUUUGUGCAGCCUACUGUCCGAUAUCAGCAGCCUUGGGAAAAAAAUGGAACUCAAAAGAUGGUCCGCAACGGAUGUUGCGUCAGGGGCAAAGACUUCAUCUGAUGGCAGUGCCGUUUCGCACGCGCCCGUGAAGAAGAAAAGGAAGUUGGGUAAGGAACCGCAGCAGCAACAGCACGAAAAAGAAUUGAGUAGUAAAAUGAUACCGCUCAGUGAACUUUCAGAAUUGAUGGAGAACACUUGA